GUCGUCGAUGGCUCUGUAUGCAUGUGUAUGUGAGCAGAACACGCGUGCGAUCUUUCCCGUCUGUACUGUCACUGACGUUUGACGACUAAAAAUUCCUUCUUCAAACAACUAUGUCGCCUGCCGCAGUUAAACCGACUCAGGCUGAUUCAGCCAAAAAGAUCAAGAAAGAUCCAUCCAAAAAUGUUAUGCGUGAUUUGCAUAUCCGCAAGUUGUGCUUGAACAUUUGCGUUGGUGAAUCUGGUGACAGACUUACACGAGCCGCCAAAGUGUUGGAACAAUUGACUGGACAACAGCCAGUUUUCUCAAAAGCACGUUACACUGUUCGUUCAUUCGGUAUUCGUCGUAAUGAAAAAAUUGCCGUUCACUGCACGGUUCGCGGUGCUAAAGCCGAAGAAAUCUUGGAACGUGGUCUUAAGGUCCGUGAAUACGAAUUGAGACGCGACAACUUCUCAGCCAGCGGCAACUUCGGUUUCGGUAUCCAAGAACACAUCGAUUUGGGAAUCAAAUACGAUCCAUCAAUCGGUAUCUAUGGUUUGGACUUCUACGUCGUCUUGGGCCGCCCAGGCUUCAACGUUGCCCACAAACGCAAGAAGACCGGCAUUGUUGGAUUCCAACACCGACUUACAAAGGAAGAUGCCAUGAAGUGGUUCCAACAGAAGUACGAUGGUAUCAUCUUGAACAGCAAAGCAAAAUAAAUUGCAUAAAAUUCCUUUUUUUUCUAAAACCACUGUUAAUUUUAUGGAAUACCAACCGCAAAAUUAAAAACAAGAUAUAAAAAAAGAACUACGUGCCGA